UGUUUCCUCCUCAGUGACGGCUGAGUGCUCCAAGCAGCAGGAGAAGCUGUUCCAGAGGACCAUCUCUGUGGUGGACACUCCUGGCCUCUUCGACACCACGAUGUCUGAAGACGCCGUGAAGAGGGAGAUCUCCAAAUGCAUCAACAUGUCGGCCCCGGGGCCCCACGCCAUCCUGCUGGUCAUCAGGAUGGGACCCUUCUCAGCAGAGGAACGAGACGCCGUGAAGAAGGUGGAGGAGAUCUUUGGACAGGGUGCCUGGAGGUACACCAUGAUCCUCUUCACCCACGGAGACAAAGUCAAAGGAGACUUUGAUGAGUUCAUAAAGGAGGAGUCGGGACCUGAGCUGCAGGAGGUCCUGAUGAAGGCUGGAAACAGAUACCACGUCUUCAACAAUCUCAGAGCCAACGACCGUCGCCAAGUCCUGGAUCUGCUGGAGAAGGUGGACAAGAUGGUGGCCGACAACGGAGGAGAGUCUUAUUCCAACUACACCUACCUGGAGGUGGAGAAGAUGCUGAAACAGAGAGAGUCAGAGCUCAGAGAGUUCUACGAGAAGAAGCUGACGGAGGAAGAAGACAAGGUGAAGUCAGAGUACGAGAAGAAGCUGACGGAGGCUCAGGAGGAGAAACAGCAGGUGGAGAAACGACUGCAGUGUGAGCUGGAGGAGGUGAGGAGGUACUAUCGGGCUUUAGAGAGCGGAGUCCGUCAGGUCGUGGAGCAGGUGGCCAAAGAUGCCUCCUUUGAUAAAAUCCUCACCAAGUUCCACGAGACCUUGAAGCUGAACUGAAGUGAUGCUGACUCCCACUCACAGCACUCAACGCUCCACCUGGUUCAGAGGCUGAACACACUAAAGAUUUUGGGCGGUGCUGUUCCAGAAGGUGAAGCCUGAUAGUUUAACCUUCCUCUUUAUGAUGGAAGUGGGAAAUAAACUCUUCUCUAAUCAAGAAGUGGAAAGAGUGCCAGAUUUCCACAUACUCAGUCAUCAUGUUAACCAAAUGUAACUGUAACCAUGAGCACAUCAGAAUGAAAUCUGGUGCAUUUCCUCACCAUCAGAGUAUAAUUAAUAAAUAAAGGGAUGAGAAAAAUCUCACAUAUGUUCACCUAGGAGUAGAAGAGAAAUGUGUCUAUAUAUAAGGGAUAAAAAGAGAAACUGUACAGAAUAUUAUAAACAUAAGAUUAGUAGCUCCAGAAAAAUGCUGUAUGAAACCGUUUCAGGUAUGAAAUUGCUUUGCCCUAAAUAUACAUAAAAUUACAUAUUAAUGGUCAUAAACUGACCCCACAGCCCGUUGUUCAUUCAGUGGGUCAGGUAUUACACAAAUGUCCCGUUUGUAAGGUUGGAGACCUGCAGUGUUGAGAUGAAAUUAUUUGAAGUGCUUCAAUUCUAUGCUUUAUAUUAACUAAAAUACCACAGAACCAU